AUGCCCUCUAUUAAAGCAAACGAGACUGUUUUGGUUACUGGUGCGAGCGGAUUUAUUGCUGUCUGGGUGUGUCGAACUCUUCUCGAAGCCGGGUAUAACGUCAAAGGCACAGUGCGCUCUACCUCCAAAGGCGAUUAUCUGUCCAACCUAUUCAAAUCAUACGGCGACAGAUUCCAAUACAUAAUAGUUGAAGAUGAGGGCGCCUUCGAUGAAGCAGUCAAAGGGGUACAUGGUAUUGCGCAUACUGCUUCACCGUUCCAUUUCGCCAGCGAGGAUCCAAAGGAUAUAAUUGAUCCGGCUAUCAAAGGCACAACUGGGGUUCUGGAAAGCGCACAUAAAUUCGGAUCGGCUGUCAAGCGUGUAGUAAUCACAUCCAGUGUGGCGUCGGUUACGGACGGGAUGUAUCACCUCAAACCCCAGGAACCAUAUAUACGGAGGUGGAACGACUGGAACACGCUUUCCGAGAAGGAGAUUGAAGAAAAAGGCAAAUAUGCGUCGGGAUCAGAGAAGUACUGCGCUAGCAAGACUCUCGCUGAAAAAGCUGCAUGGGAAUUUGUCAAGAACAUCAAGCCCAAUUGGGACAUUGCUACCUGCUGCCCAUCUCUCGUCCUCGGCCCUUUUUUACAUCAAGUUUCUAACCCCAAUGCUCUGAAUACUUCAAUCGCCACUUUAUAUAAUUUUAUGCAUAACAAGGAAUCGAUUAGUAAGGAACAUUGCUCGUACCCAAUUUAUAUUGCAUUGGCACAUGUACGCGCGCUCGAAGUCGAAGAAGCAGGCGGACAGAGGUUCAUCACGUCUUCGGGGCCCUUUUGUUGGCAAGAUGCUUUGGAUGUUCUCGAUCUUCCCCCUGAAUUUCCCCGUGGGAUUCCGGGGUCCGGUAAAGCACUCAACCACAUCGUUUUCAGCCACACCAAAGCCAACAAGAUGCUUGGGAUUGAAUUCAAGGGUUUGCAAGAAUGUGUGCGUGAUACGGUUAAAGAUCUAGAGAAGCAUGGGUGGGGGGUCAUGGUAUAA